UAAAGCCAAUAAAAAAAAAAAAGAGGGAAAAAUGAAAGGUUGGAGAGUCCCGAGAAGGUCAUCGACUCAUGGAGUGAAGGACAUGAAUAUUAUUGAGAGAGAUGAAGAUCUCAUGCUCUUUCGAGAGUUGCACCAGCGCGAUAAAGAUCGCAUCCUCAGCCUCCUUCUGCCUGUUUCCGAUGAAUUUGAGCCUAACGUGCCGGAAGGAAAACAAGGAGAACUUUACAGAAUUCCAUCUGCCAAGAAAGGAUCUUCAGGAUUUGAAUUUCUUGCCGAAAACGACAAGCACGAGACCGAUUGGUACAGUGCUAAAAACACCACCUGCAACUCCUCUGUUUGCAUCUUUAGAAAUGGAAGCAACCGGCCCUCAACUUGUGAAUAUUAAUAAUAAUAAAAACACUCCAAAUUCAAUCCCGGCCCUCCAACAACCUCCUCUAUCAAGGUUUGCAGCUGCCAUUCCAGAGGCACCAUCAAAACCCAGAAAUGUUAUUGGAGCUCCAAAAUCUCCCAAUUUCCAACAACCAAAAAAAUCCCCUCUCAGAUCCAUCACCCCAAUUCAGAAUCAGAGACCCACCACCAUCACAUCUUCUACUACUCAAACGAAGAAACCCACCAGAUCAACUCCUCCUGCUCACCCAAAUAUUAACAACAAUACAAAGAAAUCGAUAUCUAAUAACACUAAGAAAGAAAGGCAAAUGGAAUCCCUGGUCUCGAACCUUUCCAAAAACGCCACCACUGCAGUGGUGGAUAUUAUUAAUCCCAAGACAAAUAAGCCAAGAAGCAGAGCCGUGUCGCCGCUGGUAAGAUCAACAAUUCCGGCUCAAAUCCCGGAGUUUUCGAAUGAGACGCCUCCUAAUCUGAUAACAGAUGAUCAACGUUCAAUUUCUGCUACACGGGGUCGACCAGCUGCCAAACCAGCUGAACCUGCAAGGAGGCAAUCCUGUUCUCCAAGCGUCACCAGGGGUCGCAAAGUAGUGGAGGCAAUCAGGAGCAAACAAGAGGGUGUCAAUCAGAAAGAUAGAAUUCAAGUUUUGGGGAGUAAGAUGGUGGAGAAGGUUAUGAAUGCUAGAAAAUCUAAUAUGAAUUAUUCACCUACUCAUGAAUCACUAAAAGAUAGAAGGCCAAAGUCACGGGGUUCGAUGAGUGAAGCCUCUGCUCCUCGAACUGGAAGGAUGAUUUCUAGUAAUGCUAAACCAAAUCCCCCAACCUUAUGGUCGCACUCCCGGAGAUAAAAAAGCCAUGUGGGGAUGGAAAUCAAAACAAAUCGAUGCCGUCAUCGACCUCUUUUUGCCUUCUCAAACAGGAUGACAUCUGCUUGCCAAUAAAUUUUGAGAUAAUCGACGUAUUAUUAGGAUUAAAUUCAGGGAAAGAAAGUCUACUAAUUGACUAAUUCAUGCUGCACGAACACAAUAAUAGGUACAGUUACAGCGGGCCGGCAUGAAUGCAUGACAAGUUGGACAGGACACAGGCAUACAACUAACAAGUGAGGCACACGUUCCAACCAAGUCAAAUAAUAUAUUAUUACCAAAAAAAAAAAAAAAAAGCAAAAUAAUAUAUUGUUGUAACACUUUUAUGUGCCUAUCAAAGAAUAGAAAUAUAUAUUCAAGACUUUUAGUACAAAGUUGGAGGGAUUUUGUUUAUCAAAUGAGUAAUGCUAAAUACAAAUUAUUUUAUCAAAUUA